GCUCCAAGAUGGCCGCCUUCGACUCUCAGCCUCUGGCCUCGCUGGUGGAUCUGGAGCUCCCGGGCUGCGAGGUCCUGGAAAGCCUGCUGGCUGAGAAGAUCGAUACCUUCGCCGCGGCUUGGCUUCACGAGGAUGCUUUCUCUGGCUCGAACGCCCUGCUCCGCGCAUGGCAGACAACUUCGGCAUCAUCGGCACCAAGUGGCUUCUCAGCUGCUUGGCAAAGAAGAAGGCAGCAUCGGGGCACCCGUGCUCUAUGGCUUUCCCGCAUUUGCCUGUAGCCGAAAGACGCUUCUCUAG